AUGCGCAGUCGUUGUCUUUUGCUAGUGGCCUUCGGCACCCUUCUUGCAAGCUUGCCAACCGACGGCAAACUGGCAGGUUCUCCUGCGCGUAAUGCGACUGUCACACGCAUCGACGAGGCCGAGCCCAUCCAGGACAUUUCGCCUCCUCAGGCCCCAUUGAACAACGCCAGGACCGUGUCAAGUGCUAACAGUCCAUCAAGGUUGAAGGACACAGUGGUCGACGCGACUUCCCGCACAGAAAUCAAUCGCGAGGAGCGGAUGGAGUGGACGAUAGCGGAGAAGGCACUAGCGCCAAUCGUGAAUUUUAUUCAUGCGCUUGAUCUCAAACUGAAACAAUUGGGCUGGGAUGCAGAGACUCUGGCCCGGACCAAGAGCUUUUGGGAUCUCGCGACGAGUAAAGGAACCAUGGACGUCAACGAUUUCGCGCAGUUGGUGAUCCAAAACGCUCGAAUGCAUUCAAGUGAUUCGUACGUGUACGACGAAGAGGUGAUCAAAGUCUUGCUAUCGAUGAAAUCUCAGCAGGACGUGGCGAACCUGCUUGUCUCGCUUCAUGGGAUGAAGGGGUUCAAAGAUCAUGCAGUACGACUCCUCCGAGUGCAAGUCUUACAAAGUUUUGCCUUUAGAACCGACAUGUCGAAAGUGUGGACCGAGCUAAAGCUGUCCCCUAAAGAAGUGUUUGAGCUUCUAGAUUUGAAAUCCGGUAAGUUGCCCGUUUCAGCUCAGUCCCUUGUAGUUGAGUGGUACAAAUACGUUAAGGUUUGUCAAAAAGACGCCAAACUGUUUGCUCUGGAUAACAAGGCAGCAGAAGACCUCUUGUUUCAAGGCUGGAAUGUACCGGAUGCGGAGAGAGAUGAAUUUAUGGAGAAAAUUGCGUAUUUUGCUCGUGUUACCCGUUCGCCGCUUGUUGUCUACGGAGAAGGUAUACAAGCGGGAAGCAAAAGAUUGAAGGAAGAACAAGCACAGCUGGCGCAGAUGGCGAAGACGGCGAAGAACGAGGAGUAG